UGCAGUCGCAUCAGCACAAGUGGCGCGAUAGCUGCAGCAGCGUCUCCGACGCGCGGCAGCUCGCCAUCCUCAGACGCGAGCACGGACCACAACGGACCGCGGGACAGACAGGAUCAUCGUAACAUCAUUGCUCAGCAAACGCGCACCGCCGAAGCAACCGACAUGGCCUCGUCCGUGAGCGGAACGGAGGACGUGCGCGUGUCGUUAACGCCCCUGAAGUUGGUGGGCUUGGUGUGCGUUCUCCUCGCGUUGUGCCUGGACAUCGGGGCCGUGCUGAGCCCGGCGUGGGUGACUGCAGGCGCAGAGUUCUACCUGUCUCUCUGGGAGUCGUGCUGGAAGCACGUCAACACAUGGCAGUGCAGCAGCACGCUGGAGACGGACUGGCAGAUUGCUACUCUGGCCAUGCUACUUGGAGGAGGUCUCCUCAUCCUCAUCUCCUUUCUGGUGGCUCUGAUCUCUGUGUGCACCUGCACAAAGAGACGCUUCUACAGACCAGUCGCUGUGAUGCUGUUUGCUGCAGUUGUUCUGCAGGCCUGCAGCCUGGUUCUCUACCCUAUCAAAAUCAUUGAGACCAUCACUUUGAGGAUAUACCACGAGUUCAACUGGGGCUACGGCCUGGGUUGGGGCGCCACCAUCUUCUCCUUUGGGGGAGCUAUCCUGUACUGCCUCAACCCCAAGAACUAUGAAGACUACUACUAAACCUUCUUGACAACUACAUUACCCACAAUGCACUAUGUCCUCUACACUGUUCAUGAUAGCAGCUCAUGCACCAAACUUUGUGUCUCCUUAUAGAACUGGUUAGAUCUUUCACAAACUGGAUGCAGAGCAAGGCAAGGCCUGCCAGAUGUGAACGGAAAAAUCUGUUUGUCUGAGUACUUUUAAGUGUUGUCCAACAUCUAACCCAAUUUUCACACCAAUAACCAUCUGUAUCUGGGUUAUUGUUUCCCAUGAUCGCCCUCUUAAAUUCCUUCAUCAGUCAUUAAACUGUCACCCCUUUUCUGUC